AUGGCUGUCUACAAGGCUUAUACAUCAGCCUGUGGUCAUUUCCAGCUCGCGGCGUGGGUGUGUUUCAUGGUUGUAUCCCAAGCAGCAGCAAUUGGCAGUGGGUUGUGGAUACGAUACUGGACUGACAAGAAUGUCAAGUACGAUGGCAAUUACCAGCCAGGCCAGUUUAUUGCCGUUUACACAGCACUCGGACUCUUGUCUGCUCUGUGCGGAGCUGCCACAUCGAUUGUUGUCAAUGCUUUCUGCCGAAUCAGUGCCUCCAAGAAACUGCACGACAACAUGGCAGCAGCCAUGUUCCGAGCACCUUUGAGCUUUUUUGAGACGACCCCAGCUGGACAGAUUCUCAACAGGUUUGGCAGCGACAUGUCAACGAUUGAUGGCGAGAUGAUUGGGACACUUACGCAAGCAGUGAGCUGCCUGACGUCUAUUCUGUUCACGCUUGCAAUAGUGUGCUGGAGUAAGUAG